CACAUUACCAUCUUGCAUUCAAAUAAUUUGAGAUGAAACAAUAGAGGAUUUGGACUGGUCCACUGGAUCUGAUCCAUACAAUUAUUAAGGUGGGGAGAGAACCAUAGAGAAAGGCGCCGCACCUGGUACACUCGGCAUCUUGGCAAAGAGACCCGAAAAUGAUAGCUCACGUCCACCUCGAGAAACCUGGGGCAGAGCCAAACCGGUUUCCAAGCAAGAUAGAUUUCGACCAAAUCCCCACCACCUCUUCUUUCCCAUCCCUAUCUUUUUCCCAGCCACUCACUCGGUGCCACUAUAUAUCACCCAAGCAAUAAUCCACUGGCUGUAGAGGAAAAUAAUAACUCUACCAAAACCACACCAACACAAUGAAGAAGAAACCUCACUUGCUGCACCAAGACAUGAAAGAGCUCAUGAUACUGGACUGGUCCAUGCUUUGCACCGACCUCAUACAAGAGAUCGCCGUCUUCCUCCUCGCCGGCGACGUCGUCGACUACAUCGGCCUCCGCUCGGUGUGCAAAGCGUGGCGCUCGGCGACCGCAGACCCCCGAAACCCCACCUUCCAUGUCCCUCCCCCUCGCUCCUGGAUCAUGCUCUGCUCCGACGGCGACGCCGCCGACUCCCGCCACUUCCUCCACCUCUCCACCGGUAAGUCCCUCCGCCUCCGCCUCCCCGAGCUCGACCACCAUAAGAUCAUCGGCUGCGCCGAUGGCCUCCUGGUCCUCCAAGACAAAGCCACCACCGCCGUCCGUCUCCUGAACCCCUUCACCAAGUCUCUCACGCAUCUCCCUCCCCUGGCGAUGCUGGUCGAAGGCGAAUUGGAUCACGUGCAGGUCACGAGCGCCGCCGUCACUUUCUCCUCCUUUUCGGGUCUCUCCACCGUGAUGCUCUCCUUCUACCAUUUGCAGCGACUGGCUUUCGCUAAUGUCGGCGAUGGCGAGUGGGUGAUCACGGAUCGUCUGCAGAAUUUCCAUUUCACCAGCACUUUGUGCUACGAAGGACGAUUCUACGCCACGGAUUACAAUGGAUCGAUCGCCGUCUGCGACAUCGGCCCGCCGCCUACCGUGACGCCUAUACUGAUCCAAUCUUUUGACCUUCAUGUGAUGAACUCCUAUCUGGUGGAGUCCGCCGGCGAUCUUUUGCUGGUCCGGAGGUACUACAGCUCUGCCAUCUCCGGUGGUUUCGUCGACACGAGCAAAUUUGAGGUUUUUAAGGUCGAUCUAAGCGGAUGGUUACCGAAGCUGGUUCCGAUGAAGAGCUUGGGUGAUCGUGCUCUGUUCUUGGCUCAGAAUCGGACUCUAUCGGUCUCUGCGAGGGAUUUUCCGGGAAUUAGAGGGAAUUCUAUCUAUUUUGGUGUUUGCUCUCUUCAGGAUUCGGCUGGUGUUUUCCAUUUGGAGGAUGGAAGCUUUGAGUCCCUCUCUUACCACCAAGGUUUGAUACAUGGAGGAAAGGCGGGAAAGGAGCUCUUAUGCCGCCCUUUUAGUCUUUUUGACCACCUCCUCUGCUACUGCGAGCAUAAAGAUUGGUCAAAGGGAGUGAUGUAUUCUGGCUUCUGCUAAUUAGUGCUUGGAAUGUGCUUAAUGUUUCAAGGGAACACUAAUUUGCUUGAGUGGUUGUACAGUAUGACUAUGACCUGUGUGAAGUAUAGCAGAGAGUCUUGUAAAGUUGCCUUGUUAUAAACUUACAGAAAUACUCAAGUAUAUACCAGUUUUUAAAA